AUGCCCCCUCUCAGACUGCUGGCCCUGCUGGCUGGCCUGCUGGCGUCCUCGAGGGCCGGCUCGACACCCUUCGUGGGCAUCGUGGGCGGCCGGAAGGCGAGGCCCCUCGAGUUCCCGUUCCUGGCCUCGCUUCAGAGCCAGGGGAGGCACUUCUGCGGGGGCGCCCUGAUCCACACCGGCUUCGUGCUGACCGCCGCCAGCUGCUUCCGCAACCUGAACCCCGGCGUGGCCACCGUGGUGCUGGGAGCCUACGACCUGAGGCGGCGGGAGCGACCACGGCAGACCUUUGCCAUCAGGAGCAUCAGCGAGAACAGAUACGACCCCCAGGAGAACCUGAACGACCUGCUGCUGUUGCAGCUGGAAGGUGAGGCCAACCUCACCAGCAAUGUGGCGCUGCUGCCGCUGCCCCCGCAGAACGCCGUGGUGGCAGCCGGCACCAGCUGCCAGGUGGCCGGCUGGGGAAACCGCCGGAAUGGGGGGCCCCUCUCCCGCUUCCCAAGAGUUGUGAACGUGACGGUGACCCCGGAGGACCAGUGCCGCCCCAACAACCUGUGCACGGGUGUGCUCACCCGCCGGGGCGGCAUCUGCCAGGGUGAUGGGGGCACCCCCCUCGUCUGCAAUGGCCUGGCGCACGGUGUAGCCUCCUUCUCCCCGAAUCCCUGCGGCAAGGGCCCCGACUUCUUCACCCGCGUGGCGCUCUUCCGAGAGUGGAUCGAUAGUGUUCUCAACAGCCCUGCUCAGGGGCUGGCCUGA